AUGAACAGCGGACAUAAAGGAGGGUCAGACCAGGCCAUUGCAGACAUGCUGGAGAAGCUGGAAAAUGAAAAGUAUUCUGAGCUGGUGGAAGAUGCGUGGAGCAUUCUGUACAACAUAAUCAUACCAUUUAACACGGAAGACGUACACAAGCUGCUAUGUGAUUUCAUUAUUAUACUCACGCAAGCCAUACCAAUAGAAAGCGUCACAGAAGAGGCAGCCAAGAUUCUUUCGGUUGUGGACCUAAUAGUCCAUCCCAGAAAAGGCACUAUAAUAGAAGGAAAGUACGAAAUAGAUGAUCUGGUGGAAGAGCUUCCUUCCGCAGCUUCGCCCAGCAACCAGGAGGGCAACGCCCAAGACACGCAAAGCAAAAAGGUGAAAGUAAGCAUUAUAGAGUAG